AGCAGCAACAACAACAACAACAGCAGCAGCAGCAACAACAACAACAACAACAACCAGGACAGAUCUCUCUCCUGCAGUCCGUGCAGGGACAGUCUCAGCUCCCCUCCCAGACCACUCUGCCUCCCCCACAGCUCACCAUUCAGUCCCAGACGCAGCCUACCCCUUCACAUCAGGCCCCGCCCCCACAGAUGCCCCUCCACCCGGCCCGCCACAUGCAGCAGCAGCAGCAACAACUUAACUACCAGCAGGGUCCUGGACUCGCUGGUCAGUCCCAGGGGUCACAACACAAGGUAUCCAUGCCCCCCAACAAAGCACAGCAGAUCAUCCAGCAGCAGCAGCAGCAGCAGCAGCCCUCCCCUCGCCCGCCCAAGGCUGACCCUUACAACGCAGGUCACAUAAGGGACAACCCAUCGCCUCUCAUGAUGCAUUCCCCACAACUUCCCCAGUUUCCACCUGUGUCCCAUCAGUCCCCACCUCAAAACAUGCAGUCCAAAAAGCAGAGGGGCCAGGGGAGCCAUAGUGUUGUAAAGGAGGAGAAACUUCCUCCAUCACCAGCGAUGAGAGGAGAACCAUUCAACCCGGCCAUGAGACCCGACCAUCACAAACAUCCUGAUAACAAGCCUUCUCAAACAAGCCACGGCCCACAGAAUGUGAAGUCCAUGGACAGCUCGCGACCUGUGAUCCGCUCCUCUGAGUCCAGUGGACCGCCUCCCUCUCUGCAAGACAAGGACAAGUUCAAGCAGGACUCCAAGACGCCUAUUGCCCCCAAAAAGGAUGUCAAAUUGAAGAACAUGGGCUCAUGGGCCAGCCUUGCCCAAAAGUCCACAUCCACACCCACGUCUGCAGUGAAGUCAUCGAGUGACAGUUUUGAGCAGUUCCGUCGAGCGGCCCGGGAGAAGGAGGAGAGGGAGAAGGCUCUGAAGGCCCAGGCCGAGCAGGUGGAGAAGGACAGGCAACGCAGAGAGCAGGACAAACUACGGUAAGGUUGUCACAAGACAAAACAGAGGGCUGCCAUGGUUACCUCAAAGUAAACAUUGAAAGACUAUAGCAGCGGAGGACAU